AUCACGGCCCACUGUGAGGCGAGGAAGCGUCACGGUCCAAAAUUCGCCUUUUAAGCUUCAAAGGCAGCCAAGAUGGCGGCGGGCGAUUGAGCGCCAAAUUCCCUCUCAGCGCCUGCGCGGAGGAUCCGCCGGCGCGUGGCGCCGCCGCCGCGCCUGUAAAAACUUCAUCCCCCUAUUACCCCUUUUUACCCGCCGCGGCGUGAAAUGAACGACCAUGCCGUUGGCCGUGCGAGGUCAGAGAGCUGUGGCGCUGCUGCACUUCCUCUGCUUCCUCUGGGCGAUCUUCGCCCUGACUCAAAAUCUGGGGUUGCCCAAGCCGGUCCGGAAAGUGCACGACGACAGUUAUGGCGGCCAAUGGAAAUACCUGACCUUCCUCAACCAGCUUCUACAGACAUUGCUGUACUUAUUGUGUGUCACAAUUGAUGCUGUAGCUCUGUUUGUCCCUUCCCAAGAAAAGAAAGUGUCAUCUAUAGUGCUGCCUAUUAGAGAUUUCAUCUUCUCUGCAUAUGUAUUUCCUGUUGGCUUAUUUGUAGCUGUUGCUUUCUGGGGCCUUUAUGCAAUUGACAGAGAACUAGUGUACCCUAAAGAGCUGGAUGAGAUUAAUCCGGAUUGGCUUAAUCACAGCAUGCACACUACUAUCCUGCCACUCCUUUUCAUAGAACUGGUUAUAUGUUCACAUAAGUAUCCUCCUAGAUGGAAAGGACUAUUGGGACUUGGCAUCUUUGCAGUUGUAUACCUAUCAUGGAUAAUUUGGAUACAUCAUGUAGCAGGGAUUUGGGCUUAUCCAGUUUUAGGAGUGCUUGGCCUCCUUGGGAAGGCGAUGUUUUUCUCUGUCGCUGUGGGCAUAAUGUUCAUCUUCUAUUUCCUUGGAGAGCACCUAACAAAAUGGUUGUGGGCAAGGCGUAGAAAGAAGUGCAUGUAGAGAGAAGACCCCGAGAAAGACAUCAGUUCAUUAAAAGGGCAAGCUCACCCAAUGCAAUACAGUGCAACUUGAACCUAGAAAACAUUGUUGAUUGUAACUGGUUCUUAAUGUUUACAGGGGGAAAAAUACCAUUUUCUCAAUCUCAUCAUUUGGAGCAGAAGUGAAGAAUCUUGGGUCUUCCAGAUGUUGUUGAUACGCAGUUCCCAGCAAUGCCAGUUACUGUGUCGUGGGUUCAAGAAAUGGGAUUUUUUUUUUUAAUCAACAGCAGUUUGGAAGACCACACGCUCCCUAUUCGUACAGUAAAAAGCGAUCCAAGUAGAAAGAGAAAAAUGGCAAAAAAGAAAAAUGCUGCUACUGAUACGGUAGUGUUGUGACCCCGGCCCAAGUAGGUGGUAAUAAACUUAGUCCGUGGAAAAACAAACUUUAUUCGAACAGCUGGGAAUUACUUCAUUCCCAGCAUCGUUCAACUCAAAGUAAAACAAAUGCCUCCCAACACAAAUUCCUCAGUUCUCUCGCAAACCUUGGUCCAAUUAGGCAAACUGCCAAAGGCUCUUCCUGGGAAAUGUCCAGAAGCCACAAAAACAAAGAUGUAGAUGAAGCAGAAGACGAAGCAGAAGAUGCAGCUACAACUUUGUUUUCCGGCAAAGCUCAAAUGCCACUGCUGGUCUGUUUUAAGCCUUGUGGGAGGGGCCAAUCAUCUCUUGGCCCUACUCCCGAGUUGUGCUUUUUGCUUGAGCUGCUCUUGCCUUCUGGCAGCUCUUCUCAUGCACGCAUUAGGAACAGGCUCCUCUUUCUCCUCUGCCUCACUACCAUCAGUCUCUGGAGUCUGCACCUCACUCUCCGAUGGCCCUGGCCCCACCUCAGGCUCAUCACUGUCCGACUCCGUUGCCAGCUCCGUAAGCUGCUGACGGACCACAACAGGUAGCAAUACUCCCCCUGAAUGUAGAUAAUGCCCUGUGUGUAAUCAGAAAAGUGAUCCUGCAAAUAAGAUUAUUUCAUUAAUGAUGUCAGCAAACGAAGCACUUUACAUCUCAACUUUCUAUUUUAUUUUUUAACAGGCUAAAAAUUAAAAAUAGCAUAAACCAAGCCUUUGGGAAGAACAGUUGUCUCCCCAGCAGCCAAUAGGGUCACAUACUAGUAAGUAAAAUCUAUUUAAACUUUUACCCAAUUAUAAACCUCUGCCCAGAAAGAGGUCUUAACUCUUGACAUCGUAAUCAUCAGGUUCAAGCAAUAAAAUAAAAUCAA